AGCCGUGUUUCUCAUGCGGCCUUCUUCAUCGUAAUUCGUGACAGCAAUGUUUCGUGUCGACGCAGCAGACGACACCACGCCGGCGGUGGCAGCGUUCAUUCGAGCGAUCUCCAUACCCCUCCUCACAACUUCCCCCGUAGCCGCCGGCAACAACACAAGCAGCAGCACCGGCAGCCUUUCUCACCAACAUGAGAGUGGUCGUGACGUCGAUUUGUGCCCCUCGGCUGAAAGCACGCGAGUAGGCGGUCACGUGCUGCUCUCCAGUCUGCCGCGCGUCACCGCCCUCGCACGUCGACGUGCGCUUCUAAUGCGCAGCACAACGAGCGCCGUCGGCUCUCACGCCCACGCCGGCGUUGUCUUUGUGCGACUCGUAUUGUCAUUACUGAGCUCUGUAGCGAUGGAGCGCAUCGUGUCUCCCUCUACCUCCAGUGAUGAGCGCGAUGCCGACUCGGUAGCGCAUGCGGUGCCGGUGAGUAAUGCGAUUAGCUCCUCGACAGAGUCCGCGGCGUUAUCGCCGGCUGUCUCCUCUGAUGCGAGUGAGAUAGGUGCUGCUGCCAUCUUGCUGUUGCCGUGGUGCUCUGCGGAGGCCGACGCGGCGGAGGAAGGGACGGCAGAUGUCACGUACGCGGCAAGCUGUGUCGACGAGAAGAAUGGCAAUCCCGCACAAGGGAAGCACUCUGCAGAGGAUGCGAACCACCUUUUAUCUCCAGAUGGUCGUCUGUCGGGUUCUCCGUCCACGUCGAGUGAAAACGGAGGCUUUCGCUGCCACGUUGUGCUGCGCUCCUAUCCCGUGGCGGUAUUCUCAACCGGUGUUGUGCGUUCGCUGUCGCAGUACUGGCACGAGGGCCCCUCGCUGGCGCGUCAAGCGGACGCUGAUCACGAUGGUGCAAAGGAAUCGGCCUCGUCUGCGUUCGACAGCACCGCCGCGUGUCUUCCCGCCGCACUGGAGGUGUUUCGGGCACGUGUGCGCCGUCACGAGGUGCGCAGCCUACGCAGCGUUGCCCACACCUGCGCAAAGCUGCUGCGCGAACUGGACGCUUUCACACGAAGUGAGAAAGCAAAAGAAGAGUGCGAAGUCGGGAGUCGGUCUCGUCCUCAUGAAGUGCUUCAACGUGGGACGGAGUACGUCAUACCGGUGCCCAUCUACGGUGUUGCCCUGCCUGUCGAAGACAACCAGGCGACACGAUUGGAGCGCGUCGGGCACCUUACGACCCCGCUGCUACAAGAGGUAACGGGAAAGCAGAGUCUUAUGCAGCCACUCACUGCCGUACUGCAUCAGCUGCACGAAUGGGCAACAACUGAGCCUCCGGCACCGCCGCCAUUCGCUGCGCUGGCGACGCCGCCUGCAGCUCCGUCACGGCUCUCGGUGGCCGCCACACUGGACCCGACGUCACCCGCGCUGCGGCUGCUGCUCCUCACGCGCACGCGUCUCCUGUGUCUUCAACAGUACGUCCACCGCGCUCUGCAAAGUGGCGCCGCACCGCUUUCCUUGAGCGAGUCCUCUACGUCGCCAAUUGUCGAGCUAGAGGUAGAAAAGACCUGUCCUGUUGACCUGUUGCGACCGGCUUGCUUGGUGCACUGCCAGCUGGGUGUUUCCCGCAGCCCCAGUGUGGUGUUCCUCUUCUAUAUGGACGUCUUCCGGUCGUGCUGCCGCCGCGCCGCGCUGCGACGGUCUCGGGAGCAGCACACCGGAGGAGGUGUCGGCAUCCGUGAACGGGGAAGCAGCGAAGCUCGCGAUCCGUCGAACUGCAUCGGCGCAAGCGCCGACGGUGCCUUCGAGGUUGACCCGGACGUGGCGGUGGAGCUGUUCCACAGCUUCCUCCACGCGCUGGUGCAAGCACGGCCGCGUGUGAAGCCAAACGUGUGCUUCGCCGUGCAGCUGCUUUCGCAGUGGAAUAAGCGUAUAUGUUGA